AUGAAAACCAUCAAGGAGCUCCAGAGGAACCUGGACAAGAAGUAUGACAGCAACCAGAGGUACCACAGCAAGCCCAGGAAGGUGAGGUUCAAGCUGGCCUCGUCGGUCAGUGGCAGGAUGCUGAAGCAUGUGUACGAGGACGGCCAGGAACUUGACAGCCCAGAGGAGAAGUACCCCCACAGCUUCCACAGCCACAACAUGCCCAGACACCUGGUGAUGGUGCAGCUUUGUGGCUUCCAGGACAUGCAGGACCAGGGCCCACCUACCGGACUGAUGACCCAGAGGAUCAACGUCUACAGCGGGAGGCUAACGAUAGACCCCCUGCCCACAGCGAUGCGCCAAGUCUUCAGUAUUGGACUUUGGAAAGAUAAUAAUCUACACCAGCAAUCUGCGGAUCAUCCGGGCCUCUCAGAGAGAAGGAAGGACAUGGAGACAUCCUCAGCUCCCUGGGGGAAUGGACGAGUACUCACAGGGAGGCCCAAAGCCCUCUGUGCUCACAGGGAGGAGCAGAGCACCAAUCGAUCGGACAAGCAAGAUGCUGCUGCCAGCAUUGUGGAGGUUCGGGCUGUCCCCUGCUCUUUGUGCCAUGGCAGCAAGCUGUCCARGCUGGCCAACCGCUUCAAUGAGUCUAUCAGUGUGCUGCGAUGCCAGUCCUGGUACUCUGAUGGACUGGAGAGGUGCCAGUCCUGUACCAAAUGA